CUCCCCUUCUCUCUCUCUCUCUCUCUCUCUCUCUCUCAAUCCAACUCCUCUACCCACCUCCACUAAAUUCUCGAAUUGGGUUGCAUCAUGGCCGUUAGUCCUUCAGCCACCGAUGGAGAGAGCAAGGAUGUUCAUAAGCAAUAUGAGAAUAUGUCUUAUGAUGAGGUCUCGCAAAAGAUGGCCGAAAGUUAUCAGCAAAUAUCAGCCAUGCUCGGCACCAAUCUAACAUCAGGCUCACUCUCUGAUGCGCCCACCACCCCAGCAUCCAGUGCGCACUCUACACCUGCAUUAGAAGCUGAUGAAUUCAUAAACGAAACCCUCAUCCUCAAUAAGCAAGACCUGACCGACGAGGAAAAGCACACAAAGAUCACUCGUAUCUUCACGCGAGCAGCCUCCAAUGGUGAUGUCGAGAAAAUCAAGGAGAUGCUUGCAGCCAAGGAAGUCAGGCCCUUCAUUGAUAUUGACGCUAGGGAUGAAGAUGGUACCACUCCCUUGAUCUAUUCAGCAUGCUUUGGCAAAGUAGACGUUGCGUUGGCCUUGCUCGAUGCUGGGGCCAAGGUAGAUACCCAGGAUAAAUUUGGCUGGUCAGCUCUGAUGUGGGCAACCAACAACAAUCAUAACACUCUCGUCAAGGCUUUGCUGGAACACGGUGCUUCCGCAUCGACAAAGUCUGCCAAGGGUCGAACCGUCUUUGACUUUGUCCAUACUGACAAUCAGAAGAUCGCGGAAAUUCUCGCUACCAACCCGCGUGAUUCUAUCUCAAGUACUUCUAGCUUUGGUUUCGCCAGAACUGGCGGUAGCUCAUCAUCCUCAUCGUCCCAUGCUGAUAACGACUUUUACUACCAAUCCACUGUUGAGGGGUUCGAUAGCUUUAUGGCCGAGGAGGCCGACCGACACUUGAAGCUUAUGGAAUCUGCAUUGAACAUGGGCGAUUUCGAUAUUGGCGACUUGUCGUAUGAUGUCAACGAUCUAUCAUUGGACAACAUUAAUGAAGAUGAUGACGAUGACGAUCCAAACGGUCCAAUCAACAUGUGCACCGAAUUUGAAUGGGACAAGUGUUUACCAGAUCAGAUGUUUGUUUUCUCCUCUGACGACCUUGAAUAUAUCCUGGAUACCAUAAUCACCAACAUCCAACUCCCGCUGAAAUCCCGCCAAGAACUCUGUGUCCCAGCCAAUGUCCUGUUCCUCAGCGCACGCUUUGCUCAUUAUUUCUCAAGUGAUGAACUUCUGCGCGAAGUCAUGGAUGGAGCUUUAAGUCGCAUGAGCAAAGUUGUGAAGGCCAACGUCAGGAACACUCACAUUUUAGCUUUCUGGAUCACUAAUUUUACUCAAUUACUGUAUUAUUUGAAGAAAGACACUGGCCUGGUUGUGGUGACAGCUGAAGAUCAACUCAAACUAUCCGAAUUGAUCUCAGAGACCUACCAAAGCAUCAUCACCGAUACCGAGAGGCGAAUUGAAAAAAUCUUAGAACCAGCCCUACUAGAACAUGAUCAAAUCCCUGGUAUGGAAGAGGUCAACUUUGCAGAUGACUGGCAACGCUUCUUCAAGCGAUCGUCCCGCAAACCAUCCGGGGGUGCUGAUGGGCUCAAAAGAACGUCUUCCAUACUUCAAGCUGCCUCCAGUGGAAAACAUGCCAGCGAUACUGGCAGAAACUUAUCCCCCAAGGCUAUCACGACGUUACUCACCUCCACUCUGCGGGGCUUGCAAUCGUACGAAGUGCAUCUUACCAUUAUCAUACAAGCUAUUGCUCAAUUUUUCCAUUACACAUCAUGUGAAAUGUUCAAUCGCAUUCUCAAGAACAAAAAGCUUUUGUGCCGGUCGAAAGCUCUGCAAAUUCGCAUGAAUAUUUCCCUCAUUGAAGACUGGGUACGACAUAAUCAACUUCCUUCCAGCCUUAAUACAUAUUUCAAUCCUUUGGUCCAGCUACUUCAACUCCUCCAAUGUCUAUCUCAAUUGACCGACUUGAUGUCGUUCAUUAACACCAUCAAGAAGUUUGACGUUCUUAAUGCACUUCAAGUCAAGCGCUGUGUUGUAAACUAUCGUUACGAAGUGAACGAACCUCGCGUUCCAGAGGAAAUUGAAAAGUACGCUAUGCAAAUUGCUGAUGACACCGAGCGGUACAAAAAAGCGCGCCAAGCUCGAAAGUCAGUUGAAAGUGUACGCAACAAACCCGUUGCACCCGGAUUAUCCAGGACCAGCAGCGUUUCCCUCCAGAGGUCUAACUCCAAACGAGAAAGCUCAUCCAGCUUUGUUGGCUCUAUCAUGUCAAGUGCGACUGAAGGGCCAGAUGGACGUCAUUCAAUGAGCCUUGCCAAUGAAAGUGACAAUGAUGAUGAUGAAAAGGAAACAGUCGAAACAAGAGACUCCAAGUUCAUGCUCCCAUUCUCGGUCCCCACUACCGCAAAUAUGAUUUAUAUGAACGGUUGGGGAAAAUUCGGCAAGCACAAUGGAACGGACGUCAAAGAUUCAGACAGUGCAAAGAAGGCGGAGGAAAACGUUGAAGACACCGCCAGUGAGGAUAAGCUGGACAAGCAACAUGCCGUUGCUACCAACUAAAAAAAAAUUAUAUAUCGGAGCCACGCUUUGACAUCCACUCUUCAGCUAUACCCGAAUCAAAUUUCUUUUUGCAAACAUCCUAAUGGCAGAAGCAACAGAAAAGCAAACACACAGGAAAAAUGAGAGGAAACGCAGAAAAAAAAGUAAAACAAAUACACACAAGCGUUAUCUUCAGUAUGCAACUACAACCGCACUUUAUACACCCCUCCUUAUGGUCAUUGACUGAGUAAUUGGCAUUCAAUUUUUUUUCCUUUCUUUCUAAUAACUUCAUCGGUCUUGUUAUAUUUGAUUCUCACUGUGCUUACUCUGCUAUUCGUUUUAUGUCUUCAUUGCUGCUAUGUAAAGUAUGAUUUGCCGACUUCCCAUGGUACCCUUUUUUGUGGGCUCAUAUUGGAUUCUUAGACAAUACAAUAAACCAGCUUGAUAUAUAAGUUGGCUUGUGUG